GUGCUCUUCUACUGGAAUACGAAGCACUCACUGACACACUCCAGCAAUGCUCCGCUGAAGAGAAACCAUGAAAAAACUGCAGAUUUAAAAUAGCUCCGCCCUCACGAGGCCGGUCACAUGGACAUGACGUCAUCAGAGGUCCUUUAGCCCACUAGGAAAUAGCAUCUACAUUUUCUUCCCGGUGUUUCCGUCACUUAUUCCGGUAGUUACUUCACCUACUGUAGAAGAAACAAGAUGUCGACCCCAGACGCAAUUGCAUCUGACGAAGCAGAGGCGUCCAACAAAUUUUCUUUCAUGGCUGCCGUCAGCAAGACCCCAAAGAAGCAGAUCCAGUUUGCAGAUGACAUGCAGGAGUUUACCAAGUUUCCAACGAAGACUGGACGCAGAUCUCUGUCACGCUCAAUUUCUCAGUCAUCCACUGACAGCUAUAGUUCUGUUGCCUCCUACACAGACAGUUCAGAUGAUGAGACGUCUCCUCGUGACAAGCAGCAAACCACCUCCAAAGGCAGCAGUGACUUCUGCAUCAAGAACAUAAAGCAAGCUGAGUUUGGAAGGAGAGAGAUUGAGAUUGCAGAGCAAGAAAUGACUGCUCUAAUCUCUUUAAGAAAAAGAGCACAAGGGGAGAAACCGCUAGCUGGAGCGAAGAUAGUUGGAUGCACACACAUUACAGCACAAACUGGGGUUCUAAUUGAGACUUUGUGUGCCCUCGGAGCCCAAUGCCGCUGGUCUGCUUGUAAUAUUUACUCCACUCAGAAUGAAGUGGCUGCUGCUUUGGCAGAGACAGGUGUUGCAGUGUUUGCAUGGAAAGGCGAAUCAGAGGAUGAUUUUUGGUGGUGCAUUGAUCGCUCUGUAAAUGGUGAUAGCUGGCAGCCAAACAUGAUCCUGGAUGAUGGAGGAGAUUUAACUCAUUGGGUAUACAAGAAGUACCCUAAUGUGUACAAAAAGAUCCGCGGUAUUGUGGAGGAGAGCGUGACUGGGGUUCAUCGCCUGUAUCAACUGUCCAAGGCUGGGAAGCUCUGCGUUCCUGCCAUGAAUGUGAAUGACUCCGUCACCAAACAGAAAUUUGACAAUUUAUACUGCUGUCGUGAGUCAAUACUGGAUGGAUUAAAAAGAAGCACUGAUGUUAUGUUUGGUGGAAAGCAGGUUGUGGUGUGUGGAUAUGGAGAGGUUGGAAAAGGAUGUUGUGCAGCUCUAAAGGCACUAGGUGCUAUUGUGAAUGUCACAGAGAUUGACCCUAUCUGUGCUCUGCAAGCUUGCAUGGAAGGUUUUCGUGUGAUGAAACUCAAUGAAGUUAUAAGACAAGUGGAUGUGGUCAUCACUUGUACAGGUAACAAAAAUGUCGUAAUGCGGGAGCACCUUGACCGUAUGAAGAAUGGUUGCAUUGUAUGUAAUAUGGGACACUCUAAUACGGAGAUUGAUGUAACCAGUUUACGCACUCCUGAGCUCACAUGGGAGCGUAUCAGAUCUCAAGUGGAUCAUGUAAUCUGGCCAGAUGGAAAAAGGAUUGUCCUAUUGGCUGAGGGUCGUCUCCUCAAUUUGAGUUGCUCAACCAUUCCAACAUUUGUACUUUCAAUAACUGCAACUACAGAAGCAUUAGCUUUAAUUGAACUCUACAAUGCCCCUGAAGGCAGAUACAAGCAGGAUGUGUACCUGCUACCUAAAAAAAUGGAUGAAUACGUUGCCAGCUUGCAUCUACCUUCUUUCGAUGCCCAUCUUACUGAGUUAAAUGAUGACCAAGCCAAAUAUCUUGGACUCAACAAAAAUGGACCAUUUAAACCCAACUAUUACAGAUACUGAUACUUGAAUUUGAGCAAAUCAUCUGUGAAAUCUCAAGACAGCUUUAGAGUGAAAACUACCAGGCUCAUUUGUCUUCAUUUCUACAUGUCUAUCAUGCCUAAUUCUGUAUGUGUUUGCAUGUUUUCACUUGUGAAAAAAAAAACUAUGUGAAAGAAAAAAAAAAAUAUGUUUAUUUUGCAAUGCAGAGCUCCAGGAAUAUUCUUAUAUUCCAGUGACAGUAUUUAAGUUUAAAGGGGAAGUAUCACCUGAAUAAAAAAAUAAAAAUAAAAAAUAUAUAUAUAUAUAGAGAGAGAGAGAGAGAGAAUACAUAAUAUUAUUUUAUAUAUUUAAAUGGUAGCAGAUUGGCUUUUAAAAAAAAUAAAAAUAAAAUUACGUAAACCCAACUAUGCAUGAACCUGGGCCUGUGGUCACCAAUAGACAAGGUGUAACUGUGACUUUAGAUAACUUGGUGAUGGGGGGCUGAUCAUGUACCUUUUUAUAGUAUGUUGAUUAUCUGCAUGAUAUGGGAGAUAUUACCCACAUGACCGUACUCUGCAAUGUAAACCUGGCAGUCACGUGGGUAGUAACUCGAACAUCAUGCAUAGGAAGGAAUAUUUAUAAAGGAGGCAGUAUUGUCAGCCAGAACGGCAGGAUAAACAUUGCUCAAAGAGGCUGGAAAAAGACCCCAUCAAAAAAGGCAAUUAGCAUAUUACAGAACUGGCAGAACUGACUUUUAUCAGGUGAACUACUAACCUAUCAGGUGUAUCACUGUCAGGUGUAUAUUUAGGUGAUGAUGCUGUCAGUUUCCUUUUAAGUACAGCUAAGUAUGGCUUUAUAAUGUCCUCCAUGCUGCUGAAACAUCUGGGGGCUUGAUACAGCGCAAGGUAGAGAAGCAGGUUCUCCUGUUUUCUGUGCAUAUGGAAAACUGUCUGGUUUUCCCAUACCCUAUCAGUGCUUAGAUUUGAUUUUACCAGAGGUUAAGAAAGCUAUGAUUGGUUGCUGUGGGAAAAACAGACAGUUUACGGUAUGUCCUCAUACAGAUUAAUCAUAUGUGUUUUUAAGUCCUCAGACUUUCGCAUUGCUGAAUCUGGUAAGCCACCAUUCAGGUUAUACUGAACCUUUAAGCACUUUUUUAAUACCAAGAAUGUCUCCUAGGAGCCCUGGCAAUAUUUCUGCCUUAAUACACUAUAGUACCUCUUUUAUUUUUCAUUCUUGGUUAUGCAGUUUGAUGUUUGUCUAUAAGCAGAUCUGGAAAAUUCCAUGAAGACUUUGUGUGUGUUUAAGUAAAAUUUAGCACUAAAUGUUAUAAAGGUAAAUAUUGGGUAUGUGGCCCAGGGUAUCAAUGCUUUUCUUUUAUCACCUUUUGGUUGUAAAGAUAACCAUACAUUUAAGAUAUUUGUUUGCUAAACAUGUUUGGCCAAGUGCCACCUUCUCUGAUCCUCACUUAUACAUGUAUUCUCAUUAGGGGGAAUUAAGAAAGCUGCCAGACUUAUCUGACGGCUGCUUAUCACACCAAGAACAAAAGGAUCAGACUUGUUAAAAUCCAGCAUGCCAAAUCUCCUCUGACAUUUGCUGUCAGGAGACCACAUACACAAUACAUGGUGAGCUGAUCAUUGGUAGGUUUGGCCAACAUUAAUGGAAUAUGUAUGGCCAUUUUUAGCCCAUGGUAAGGACCAGCUGCAUGUUCUGUAUUUAUACAAUCAUAUAUAUGCUGUCAAAAGACGUCACACACAACAUAAUGUGAAUAACAUGGGAACAUUUAUGGGAGCUGUAAGAAAAGGUCAAAAAAAUAUAUGCAAGGGGAAAUAGAAAUUAAGAUUUUUUUCUUCAUGGUGAUGGUGUUCCAUUUCUCUGUGCUGUGUUGUUGAUGACACAGAAAACAUCAGCAUCUUGGAGUUAAAGGGGUAUUCCAGGAAAAAACUUUUUUGUUUAGAUCAACUGGCUCCAGAAAGUUAAACAGAUUUGUAAAUAACUUCUAUUAAAAAAAUCUUAAUCCUUCCAAUAAUUAUCAGCUACUGAAGUUGAGUUGUUCUUAUCUGUCUGGAAACAGUGCUCUCUGCUGACAUCUCUGCUUAUCUCAGGAACUGCACAGAGUAGAUGAGGUUUGCUAUGGGGAUUUGCUUCUACUCUGGACAGCUCCCGAGACACGUGUCAGCAGAAAGCACUUAGACAGAAAACAACAACUCAACUUCAGCAGCUCAUAAGUACUGAAAGGAUUAAGA